ACAAAAUAAUUAAAUAUAAAUAAAAUUAUUAAAAUAGAUAUAAAAUAGAUAUAAAAAUUGAAAAUGGUCCUUGGAAGAACAUUUUAUUCAUUAAUACUAUCUAAUUUAAGAUAUAAUUUAGGAAAUGAUGUUCAAUUUUAUAGUGUAUUCCCACCAAAUUAUAUAAAACCAAUUUAUAAAAAAGAUGAACAAGAAUUAAUAUAUAAAAACACAAAAACAGAACAAUUAAUACACGCACCUAUAAAACCAGCUUCUAAUUUUGAGACAUGCUCUGAAUUUCAUGAUAUACUAGUUAGAAAGUUCAUGAAUUAUAUUAUGAAAAAAGGUAAAAAACAAUUAGCUAGAAAAUUAUUAGAGGAAACUUUUGAAAAUAUUAAAAUAAUAAAAUUAAAUGAAUAUUAUAAUACUUCACCUGAACAUAGAGAAGAUAUUAUAUUGGAUCCAAAUAUGCUUCUGCAUCAUGCUGUAAAAAAUUGUACACCCAUUUUAGAAUUAAGGAAAAUAACAAGAGGUGGGAUUAAUUAUCAGGUUCCAGUACCAAUGAAUGAGAAUAGAGCUCAAUUCAUAUCCAUGAAUUGGCUAAUUAAAACUGCACAAGAAAAAGGAAAUAGUGAAAAAUUUUCUAAUGUAUUAGCAAAAGAAAUUAUUGAUGCUGCAAAAAAUCAAGGUCGAGUUAUUAAAAAACAAGAAUUACAUAAAUUAUGUGAAGCAAAUCGAGCUUAUGCACAUUAUAGAUGGUUGUAAAAAAAUAUAUUAAAAAUAAAAUUA